AUGCUUACUAUUGAGUGCCUAAUUCAGACGCUCAACCCACAUCAGGCAAUCUUUGCUGCGAAUCCAGCUAGCAAUAUUAUGCGACAGGGUAUGUAUCCAUCACCGCUCGGUAACCCCCGUGAUAGUUUCUGGUAUCCGUCAUAUCCACGACAAAUGCCAUAUCCAACAGCUACACCGCCAUAUUCGACAAAUUCUUUCACGAAUCCUAUCACUAACUUCAGUCCGUCGAUCACGCAGUUCUCUUCCGAUGAAGACUUCUACCAAAAAUCAUUGGCUUUACGAAUGUCAUGCCAACCGACUGCAUCGGCGAACAUUGCUAAUCUAAACUAUCCACAAAGUUAA